UCUAGUUUUAGGCUAAUUCAUGCAUUGGUAAUAAAAGAACCAUCUACAGAGUUUUCUAGGGAAAAUGUUUUUUAUGACUCGCAAUGAAGUCGAGGUUCUUGGUAAUAAAAGGAUGCUGCUGACAAAUGGUAAUCUCACCUCAAGAUAAGUGGCAUCAAAAGCAUCCAUCACACAAGUCUUUAGGUUUGGUCUGAUGGGAUCACUUCCCCUUGGUUUAGAAAUGCAAGUAAGAAAUAUGAAUAUAAAGCACUAAUAUUAAAGUUCCUUUGGGGACAUCUGAUAAAGUUGGAACGAUAGAAAAGAUUACCAUGGCUCAUGGUCCAAAUAAAGCACAAUAUUAAUUAUCAAAAUGUGGAUCAACAGAUGAAGUACAUGAAGCCGCUCAGCUUGUACCAGGACUUUUUAAAGCCGCGCGCUGCACAACAGGUAAGGCUUCUUGGAUUAGAUGUUGGCAAUAAACUUGUUGGGCUAGCAAUUUCAGAUUCUGACAACAAAAUUGCUGAGCCUCUACGCGUUCUUGCUAGGGAUAAAACAGAUCUUGGUCCAAUGGCUGUCGAUUUGCAGCAUUUGAUAUCAAAAUAUUCUGUGUCAGCUUUUGUUAUUGGGCACCCGUUUUACUCGCGAGGAAACACACGACGUGUAACCCAACUGCAGCAAUUUGUUAAUGACCUAUCUAAAACAGGGAAACUUGAAGAUGUACCCUAUACCUUUUAUGACGAUACCUACUCAACACAGAUUGCUGAGUCUUUGGUGAAGCCAUUUAUUAUUGACCCAACAAAAGCUAAACAAGUUAUUAGCCCAUUUGCUGCUGUCUCAGUGCUGCAGGAAUACCUGGAUUACAUUACCUAUGAUGUUAAAACAGAGCAAGACAAAUGACCCCCCCUUUCUUGGACCAAAUCAACAAGGAGAGUAUUGUUAUUAUUGUAGUGGAAAUUAUAUGAGGGAGGUUGCUUAUGCGUAUGAAGGAUAUGUCACUGAGAACUUAAGAUGAUGUGGGUUGCUUUUGAAAUGUAAUGUCUGUGAGAUAGCUUAAAAUCUUAAAUUGGAGUGAUCAAAAGUAUUAUAUAGUUUAGGUUUCGCAAGUUUGUAAUGACUAUAAAUAGUUAUCCAAAUGCUAGGUAAUUUUGUUUCCUAUUCCAAAAUUUAA